AUGAGGGGAGUAAUUCUCAAAGGAGUAAAUGAACUGGUUUUUAGCGAGAGUUUAGCAAAACCAACUUUAGAAAAAUGUAGCAUACAAAAUCAAGGAAAUGAUUUAUUAUUAAAAGUAUUAUCAGUAGGAAUGAAUAGAAUAGAUAUAUUAAUAAAAGAAAAUAAAUAUCCAAAAUUUCCAAAGGGAAAAUCUUUAGGAUUGGAAGUUAGUGGUAUUGUUGAAGAGUCUAAUAGUAAUAAAUUUAAAAAAAAUGAUAUUGUUUGUUCAUUAUUGAAAUAUAAUGGAUAUAAUGAAUAUGUUUUAGCUAAUUCGAAACACACAAUAAAAAUCGAUCCUAGUAAAAUAUCUAUGAUUGAAGCGGCAAGUAUACCUGAAAGCUUUAUAACAGCAUAUAAAUUAAUUUAUUAUACAGCUAGAUUUCCACUAAUAAAUAAUAAUGAUCAAAUUGUAGAGAAUAAAGAAAAUAUUGGCACAUUAAAUAGGGAAGAGGAAACAAAUAAUACAACUACUAAAUACACACCAAUCCAAGAAAAUGAUUAUUAUUAUUAUUACAAACAAUUUAAUAACCAAAUUUAUGGUAGCUAUUUUGGGAGAAGAGAAAUAAAUAUUCUUGUUUAUGGGGCAUUAAGUAGUGUUGGAAUUAAUUUAUUACAGCUAUUAAAUUAUGAAAAAAAAAGAAAUAUUAUGAACAUUAAUAAAAUUAUUGCAAUUACAUCAAAUGAAACAAAAGCAAAAAUGGCUAUGGAAUUUGGGGCUACUGAUUAUGCUUUCCAUACUGAUGAAAACUUUGUUGAUACAAUUUUAAAUAUUUCAAAAAAUAUUAAUUUAAUUUUUGAUUGUGUAGGAGGUGGAAAAAUGUUUGAAAAUAAUUUAAAAAUAUGUACUAACGAUACAGUAUGGGUUAUAUAUGGUCUAUUAGGGGGACCAAAAGUAACAAAUUUUAAUUUGGCAGAAUUAUUUACAAAAAGAACUCUUUUAUUAACAUCAACACUUUAUGAUAGAUCAGAUAAUUUUAAAGAAGAAUUAAUACACUCCUUUCAACAUCAUAUAUUACCAUUAAUUUAUAACAACACCCUAAAAUUUUGCAUUCAUAAAGUAUUGCCAAUAGAGCAGAUUGAAGAGGCACACAGUAUUAUUAAGAAUAACAUCAAUAUUGGAAAAGUUGUUUGUAAAUUUUGA